CACUCGCGGGCGCUGGCGGCGGAGGAGAUCCGGCAGAUGCUGGAGGGCAAGCCGCUGGCCGACAAGAUGCGUCCCGACACCCUGCAGGACUACAUCGGGCAGAGCAGGGCGGUGGGGCAGGAGACCCUGCUGCGCUCGCUCCUGGAGACCAACGAGAUCCCCUCGCUCAUCCUGUGGGGGCCGCCGGGCUGCGGCAAGACCACGCUGGCUCACAUCAUAGCCAACAACAGCAAGAAACAUAGCAUAAGGUUUGUGACACUGUCUGCAACAAAUGCCAAGACAAAUGAUGUGAGAGAUGUCAUAAAACAAGCUCAAAAUGAAAAGAGCUUUUUCAAAAGGAAAACCAUCCUUUUUAUUGAUGAGAUUCAUCGGUUCAAUAAGUCUCAGCAGGACACUUUCCUUCCGCACGUGGAAUGUGGGACGAUCACUCUGAUCGGGGCAACCACUGAAAACCCUUCCUUCCAGGUCAACGCUGCUCUUCUGAGCCGCUGUCGGGUGAUUGUUCUUGAGAAGCUACCAGUAGAGGCAAUGGUGACUAUUUUAAUGCGAGCGAUCAACUCGCUGGGGAUCCACGUCCUAGACUCUAGCCGGCCCACUGACCCUUUGAGCCACAGCAGCAACAGCAGCUCUGAGCCCUCCGUGUUCAUCGAGGAUAAAGCAGUGGACACUCUGGCUUACCUCAGUGACGGGGAUGCCCGAGCUGGGCUGAAUGGACUGCAGCUGGCGGUGUUGGCCAGGUUAAGCUCUAGGAAGAUGUUCUGUAAGAAGAGCGGGCAAAGCUAUUCUCCCAGUAGAGUUCUGGUCACUGAGAACGAUGUGAAGGAAGGCCUCCAGCGGUCUCACAUUUUAUAUGACCGAGCAGGAGAAGAGCAUUACAACUGCAUCUCUGCCCUGCACAAGUCCAUGCGCGGCUCGGACCAGAACGCCUCCCUCUACUGGCUGGCUCGCAUGCUCGAGGGAGGAGAGGACCCGCUCUACGUGGCAAGGAGGCUGGUGAGGUUUGCCAGUGAGGACAUAGGUCUGGCAGACCCGUCUGCACUGACACAAGCAGUCGCUGCCUACCAAGGCUGUCAUUUUAUAGGCAUGCCGGAAUGUGAGGUGCUUCUGGCCCAGUGCGUCGUCUACUUUGCCAGAGCCCCGAAGUCCAUCGAGGUGUACAGCGCCUACAGCAAUGUCAAAGCCUGCCUGAGGAACCACCAGGGGCCUCUGCCCCCAGUGCCCCUGCACCUGAGGAACGCACCCACCAGGCUGAUGAAGGAUUUGGGCUACGGCAAAGGCUACAAGUACAACCCCAUGUACAGUGAGCCGGUCGACCAAGAAUACCUGCCCGAGGAAUUGAGAGGGGUCGAUUUCUUCAAGCAGAGGCGGUGUUGACUCUUAGGCCGGGGCAGCAGAAGGCUGUUUCUUUUUUGAGAGAGGGCCAGAAAGGAAAGAGUCACCGGAUUGUGGAGUUGGUCACCUGGUAGAAGUUAAGGCCGACCAACCUUUUGUGCCAGAAGUUUUAAGAGUUCUGUAGGUGGAGGCAGUCACCUCAGCUAAAUGUGUACCAUUGGAAUUGUGUUCGUUUGCACUCUGCGCAAUGGUUAUGCUUAUGAAAUAUCUGGCAGCUUUGUGCAAUGAUUUAAUGUUAUAAGGAAUUAUCUAUUUUGUCAUAGUAUUUAAGUCAUAAUGUCAUUUCAGAAUUCAGUUCUGUAGGAUUUCUUUUUCUUUAAAAAAAAUGUAUAUUCUGGGUAGUUUCAAUUGGUAAAAAAAAAAUGUAAUUGUGAUUUAAUACUGCAUAGUGUUUUGGGUAUUUUUUUUAUAUGCAAAGGUCUUAUGAGCCAAUAAAACUAUUUCAAAGUA